GAAGCUUCAUUUUGGCUCAUUCUUACUUGAUAAAUAAGACAAACCUGGAAUCACAAAACCGGGAGAAGGCAUUUGGACAAAUUUAAAGAUGCAAGACGGGAGUUGGAAUCAGCCACUCCCCGUCUCUCUGCUGCUGAAGGACUCAGCAGCAGGCGGGACUUUGGAGGGAGAUGGGGGGGUAUUUUCUGAGGCUUCCUCUGAUGGGGAGCUCUACCUGGACUCUGCAACAGUGCUGGAUUCUGGAGAUGGGGUCUUUGCAGAUCUUACUGCCUUCUUGAAUGCAGAAGAGAUUAAUCGUAGCUUGGACCUGGCCUGGGAGGCCAUCAGUGACAUAUGUGAGUCUGAAGAUCCAGAUCCUUCUACUCCUACACUCCAGGAGCAGGCUCUCCAACCUAACACCGCCCUCGCUGUGAACACCCAGACUACUGAAAACCCCACCACAAACCCAAACCUGCACCACCAGACCAAAGCCCCCUGCCCAGAUGAGAGUGCAGUAGUUAAAGUGUCCUCCAGCCAGAAUGCACCCCCUAGCAAACCUGCACAGGCAUCCAGUGAGCCUCCGUCCUCUGCUGAGAAGGCUGUCCGUCACAAACCCAUCCAGCCAGUUUAUAAGCAGGAUAAACCCAGGCUGGUUCAUGAAAGCCUGGAGAGCCGGCGGCCAGUCCCUCAGGUCCCAGGCUCUGCUACCUCUGUGCCUCCCAGCCAGCCAGACACAGGCCCUCAGAACGGAGGCCUGGUUGGAGAGGCAGCUUCUACAAGGCACAAGCAGUCUCAAGCCCUGACUACAUCGGGACCCCUGUCUCCUCCUCAGUUCCUCCAGAAGCUGAAGAGUCAGGAGGUGGCAGAAGGGAGCCCCAUCCGGCUGGAAUGUCGAGUCAGAGGAAACCCCCUGCCGCUCGUCAGGUGGUUCUGUGAAGGCCGUGAGCUGCACAGCUCUCCUGACAUACAAAUCUGGAGGGAUGGUGACCUGCACACACUGGUGAUCGCUGAAGCCUUUGAGGACGACACAGGACGUUACACCUGCGUAGCCUCCAACAGUCUUGGAGCUGACAACACCUCUGCUGAAGUUUACAUUGAAGGAGUUUCAUCAUCUGACUCAGAAGGGGAAGGAGCAGCGUCAAAGUCCAGAUCAGGAACCAUGCCUCAAGUUCAGAAAAAGACUACUUCAAUGUCCCUGACAAUACGCUCCUCAUCACCCAAAACCUCGGAGGUCCUCCCAUGUCGCUCCACUCUGGUCCAGUCCCUGUCUCAGCCACUGCAGCGGAUGCAGAGCCCAGUGUCGUCACUGUAUAGUGAAGUGUCAGGGCCUCCUUUGUUCACCAAGCUCUUGCAGGACACACAGGCGUCUGAGGGCCAGGUUGUGGUUCUGGAGUGCAGGGUCCGAGGAAGCCCUCCUCUGCAGGUCCGAUGGCACCGCCAAGGAGAGGAGAUCCAGGACUCUCCGGAUUUUCGUAUUCUCCAAAAAAAGCCCCGAUCUGCAGCUGAGCCAGAGGAGAUCUGCACCCUGGUGAUAGCCGAGGCCUUUCCAGAGGACGGAGGUUUGAUCUGCUGCACUGCAUCCAACUCGUACGGAUCCAUCAGCAGCACAGCCCAACUCACCGUCACUGCAGCAGCUGACGAGUCAUCCAGUAAUGGCAUGUCUGGUGACAGCUCCAGGUUUGAGGAUGCAGCAGCCUUCCCCCCUCCUCCCACACCCACAGAGAUCAGCCUCCUGGAGCUGCCACCCAAGAUGCUACCUCAGCCCGGCACUGAGGCUUUCCAUAUUAAGGAGCUGGAGAUCUGGCCCAGUGUGUCGGCACUGCCUCCUGUUCAGAUGGGCUCAGAGGUGGAGGACAAGGACAAGGACAAGGAGAAAGUGUCUAUACAGAAUGGCCAAUCCCCAAAUCUACCAUCACCUCCAAGUUCGCCUAAAGAAACUACACCCCCACCACCUCCAUCUCCUCCUCCACCUCCACCACAGUCUGAGCUUACAGAUGUUCCAGUCAUGGCCCAAAGUCCAGCUCAGGUAGCCCCAGCCAAGCUGCCUCCAUCCCCUGGGAAGGAUGGCCCUCCGCUGCCAGUCAAGCCCAAACCAAAGCUGAACGCGUCCCAGCUGAAGCAGCUGCAGGACCAGAUUCUGUUGGAGCAGCAGGAAGCAGCCUCUUGGCAGCAGCAGCAGCAGGAGCAGCAAGGCCAGGAAGUCCCACCUCCACCCCAGCAACCACCUCAGGAAGCACCUCCACCUGCUCCACCAUCUCCACCUCUUCCCCCUCCUCCCUCCUUCCAGGAGUUGGAGAGCAGCGUAGCCAUGCACGCCAGCACCUUCAAUUACGCCCGGCCCAAACAGUUCAUUGCUGCUCAGAGCCCUGGUGGGGCGGGCUACAUCACCCAGUCCUCCGGCUCCUCGGGGUCCAGCCUGCCCUCCCCUCUGUCUCCUCCCACUUCACACAAGCCCUUCAGCAGGGUCACUGUGCCCCCCUUCACCAAGGCCAGCAGCGUGGAGUCUCCGAGCUCUCCAUCUUUCCCUCCUCCACCUCCGCCCUUCCUCAGCUCCAGUAACCUGUCCUCUCCAUCAGGCCCCGCCCAAGACUUCCCUCCUCCCCCUCCACCUCCUCCUCCACCGGUCUCCAUGUCUCCAGUCCACUCAGACAUGUCCUCGCCAUUCUCCUCCAUUCCUCCAUCUCCUGCUUCCAGUUUCCUGUCUUCAGUGCUGCCCUCCUCACCUGCCACCCCCAGCAGCCCUACAGUCAAUUCCCUGGGCCUUCCUAAAGGCAACGGGACAGUCAAAGUGUUCCCCAGGAAGUCUUCAGUCACCAAGACACCACGCAUCGCCUCUGACUCGGAAAUCCAGGGAACCAAGGACGCUGUCAUCCAGGAUUUGGAGAGAAAACUGCGCUUUAAAGAAGAGCGUAUUAGCAAUGGUCAACAGAGGUUAACCUAUGAGGAGAAGAUGGCUCGCAGACUGCUGGGUGCUGACAAUGCUGCAACAGUCUUAAACACACAGGACACAGAGGAGGAGCCAGUCACACAGGAAUACAAAGUGUCCAGCUUUGAGCAGCGCCUGAUCAGUGAGAUUGAAUUUCGUCUGGAGCGUUCUCCGGUGGAGGAGUCAGACGAUGAUGUGCAGCACAAUGAAGAUUCUGAUGGCCAGGGAGUGGCACCAUCCUUUGACCAAAAGCUCAAACACUACAAAGUCUUUGAGGGCAUGCCAGUCACCUUCUCUUGCAAGGUCAAUGGAGACCCUAAACCAAAGGUCUACUGGUUUAAAGAUGGUAAGCAGAUCUCCAAGAGGAGCGAGCAUUACAGGAUUAGCCGUGACGCUGAUGGAACCUGCUCCCUGCACACUGCUGCUGCCUCACUGGAUGAUGAUGGCAACUAUACCAUCAUGGCAGGCAACCCUGAGGGUCGGGCGAGCUGCACUGGCAGGAUGAUGGUCCAGGCGGUGACCCAGCGAGGCCGUAGCCAACGCCCCACACCUGGACACAUGCGCAGGCCCAGGUCCAGAUCUAGAGAUAGCGGUGAUGAGAAUGAUAACAUCCAAGAGCGUCACUUCCGCCCACACUUCCUGCAGGCGCCCGGUGACCUCAUCGUUCAGGAGGGACGACUGUGCCGGAUGGACUGCAAGGUGAGUGGCUUGCCCACUCCUGACCUCAUCUGGCAGCUGAAUGGACAAACAAUCCGCCCCGACUCUGCCCAUAAGAUGCUGGUGAGGGAAAAUGGUGUGCACUCACUGGUCAUCGAGCCUGUGACAAGUCGUGACGCGGGCAUCUACACCUGCAUCGCCAGCAACAGAGCUGGGCAGAACUCCUUUAACCUGGAACUCAUUGUUGCAGCCAAAGAGAUGCACAAGGUCCCUUCAUUCAUCGAGAAGCUACAGAACACCAGUGUGGCAGAGGGUCAUCCUGUGCGACUGGAGUGUCGUGUCACGGGGGUUCCUUAUCCACAAAUCUUCUGGAAAAAGGAGAACGAGUCUCUCACUCACAACACAGACAGAAUCAGCAUGCACCAGGACAACUGUGGUUACUUGUGUAUGAUCAUCCAACCAGCCAUGAAAGAGGAUGCUGGCUGGUACACUGUGUCAGCCAAGAACGAGGCUGGCAUCAUAUCCAGCACUGCACGCCUCGAUGUCCACACUCAGUGGCAGCAGCCUAGCCUCCCCAGGCCCAAGAAGGUGCGUCCCUACACCAGCCGCUAUGCCGCACUGACAGAGAGAGGGCUGGACGUAAAGGCAGCCUUCUUUCCUGACUCCAGCCCGCUGCAGCCAGGUGGUCUGGUGGAAAGUGAUGACCUGUAGACGUCACAGGGAGGUGACAUCACCUCACAAAACCCUAAAGGCUGCCCUUGCCCACAACUCUCCUGAGACAAAUGCUUAAUGGCUACAAGUAGGGGCAGAAUAUAACCUCGUCCACCAUCACCGAACUGCAUACAGAACUAAAGGGUCGGUGGGCAGAAUGAAAUGGUGCAGCCGUGGUUCCUUCUUUCUUUUUAUAGUAUGACAAAUUACAUUACAGAAUUCAUCAGAUUGGUACCCCAAGCUUCUUUUUAUCAACUGGACCUGGAAAAUGAGUUUAACACAUGAAAAGACUGUUCAUAAAUGUGCUCUCAUGUUUCAUGAACUGGAUGGGUAACUGCUUUACAAGAAGGUUACUGUUAAAGUGCCUCUCAUUUCUAUAGAAAUCAACAGUUUAAAAUGAAAUGAAACAGAAUUACUAUGCAUAUUUAAGUGGUGCCAUUUGCAGUACACAAACUAAUACUGUAUAUAUAACCAGCACUGCACCAACUACAUGUAGUGGAGAAGAAAAGCAACUGAAUGAUUCAAAGCAUCACAGCUUUGACGAAGGAGAGCGCAGACUUACGUGGGCUUGUGUAGCACAGUGCUGAUAGCUACAGUAACUCACAGCAGUCAGAGUGACACAGCUUCAGUGUUGUCAGGUGAUUUAAGUCAUUAGCUUACACAUACUGGACAAGGCUGGGCCUUACAAACAGAAUGUUUAGUGGCUUUAUUUUUAGUAAGUAAAAUGAGGGUUGGGAGAAAGAAGGCUCACAUAUAGAGGAGAGUUGUGGGGGCAGCAGAGCUUAUAGAAGGUCAGAUCUAACAAGACACGACAGGAAAAGCAGGUUUUGUGAUGGACAGCAAGUGGUGUGUGGAUAAAAGUGACACUCGUGAUACUGAUAAAAGGAAAGCUUUGGGUGAUGGUGGGUCAUUUGGUGAUUUUUUUUUCUUUUUCUGAUGGUUUAUUUUAGAGGUGUGACUUAAAGUGUUCUCACUUGAGCGGGUGCUGUGACAGGUUUCAGUGCAUUUGUCAAACAUCACAGAAUCUCCAUUUUAUUUUUGUAUGAACAAAAAAAAGACUCUUUACUUUCCCAGCAAUCUUGACACAAAUGAUAUCAGCAACCUGUUUUCACUGAUAAAACAAUCCUUUCUCUGUCUUGAAGUUUUAUAAUUAUAUUUACUGCCUUCAAUCAUUUUUAGGUGUAAUGCAAACACAGUUUCUUUGCAUGUCAUUUUUUGGACACUUGUACAGUGCCAAACAACGUGUACCAGAAUAUAUCAAAACUUUUUCCCCACUAUUUUGUCACCUGUGUAAUACUAUACAAAGUUUUUCUGGGCCUGUUUGGAGCUUUACAUCAGCUGUCAAUUACUGUGUUUGCACAU